AUGGGUUGCGUGAAGUCAAAGGAGGCUGGUGUCCAAGAGAAGGUGACAAAAACUGACCCCAGCCCCAGCUUCCAGCAGGGCCACUACGUGAGGGACCCCACUGCCACCAACGGGAGGAGCAAUAAUGUCCCCAGCACAGCCGUGUCCCCGCCUGAGGAUGGCUCGGGGGACGACGUGGUGCUGGCACUCUAUGACUACGAGGCGAUGCACGCUGGGGAUCUGAGCUUCCAGAAAGGGGAGCGGCUGAAGGUGCUGGAGGAGUUGGGGGAGUGGUGGCAAGCGCGGUCACUGGCGACGGGGUGCGAAGGCUUCAUCCCCAGCAACUACGUUGCCCGAGCCGACUCGCUGGAGACAGAGGAGUGGUUUUUCAAGGGUAUCAGCCGGAAGGAUGCGGAGCGGCAGCUCCUUGGCCCUGGGAAUGUGGUCGGGUCCUUCAUGAUACGGGACAGCGAGACGACGAAAGGCUGCUACUCACUGUCGGUGCGGGAUGGGGACGACCUGCAGGGCGGCACGGUGAAGCAUUACAAGAUCCGGACGCUGGAUAGUGGCGGCUUCUACAUCUCCCCGCGUAGCAACUUCAAUACGCUGCAGGAGCUGGUCCAGUACUACAAGGGGCAAAGCGACGGGCUGUGCCAGAAGCUCACCUACCCCUGCUGUGUGCCCAAACCGCAGAAGCCCUGGGAGAAAGAUGCCUGGGAGAUCCCUCGGGAGUCGCUGAGGCUGGAGAGGAAACUGGGAGCCGGGCAGUUUGGAGAAGUGUGGAUGGCUACCUAUAACAAGCACACCAAGGUGGCGGUGAAGACAAUGAAGCCGGGCAGCAUGUCCGUGGAUGCCUUCCUGGAGGAGGCGAACCUGAUGAAGACGCUGCAGCAUGACAAGCUGGUGAAGCUGCACGCGGUCGUCACCAAGGAGGAGCCCAUCUACAUCAUCACCGAGUUCAUGGAGAAAG